CCACCUAUCCAAGAGGAAGUCGCCGUUUCGAGCUGCAAGCCAUCAUGUCGGCGUACUUUCCGUAUACCCCGGAAUUCAAUGGACUCACCGGAGAGCAGAUUCAAAAGAUUGCCGAAUCCCAGCCGCCAAUAAAACCUGCAGGCGCCGGUAUCGCCAUCCAAGGAAUCGUCUACACGACGGCAAUCUUGUGCACUGCAGUCUUCAGUCUUCGCGUAUGGGUACGAUUUAUUCGACGGGAGCAAGGAAGGCCGAUAGGCAUCGAUGACUAUCUGGCCGUGGGAGGUUUUGGCCCGUAUCUCCCUGCCUGUGCUCUCGCCAUCGCAGGCACAUACUAUGGAGUUGGCGCUCCAGAUAGUGCCGUCAAUCCGUUUAUGAAGAUCAGAGCCAAGGAACUUCAGUUGCUGUAUGAGCUGAUUUACUUUGGGUCUUCAACACUCACCAAGUUUUCUAUUGCCUUUACCAUCUUAAGGAUAUGCACACUGAAGCGCUAUAGAUUUGCUCUUUAUGGUGCUAUGGGAACCAUGGCCCUCACAGCAUUUGGUGCUCUCAUCUUUCUCUUCUCUGACUGCAAGCCAUUUGCAACAAGAUGGAAUCCGAAAUUGGGACAAUGCUGGGCUCCGGCGCCGGACGGCUGGUUCAUCAUGAGCUACAUCGGAACAUCUAUCCAGGUCGCCACAGACUGGGUUGUCGCCAUCACACCUUUUUUUAUCGUGCGUAAAUUGCAAAUGAACCGGAGAAAGAAGAUCUCAGUCUGUGCCAUUCUCGGCCUCGGUGUACUCGCCAGCUUUGCAGCUAUCAUGCGUAUUGCCAUGUAUCCCCAGACAGACGAGAGAUUCCAUCCAAAGGACAAUCUGGUCAAGGAAGCCCAGCUCGUCAUCUGGUCGCAUCUCGAGGGCAGCUUUGGGAUUAUUGCCUGCAACCUUCCGCCUCUGAAACAGCUCUUCAAGGCUUAUUACCGAGGUUCGUCAGGAAGAUCAGGCAAUCAGUCUGCACCCCUGUCUACUGGAGGGCGCGGGACGCAACUCGGCGACCUUAACUCUCAAGGAAAGUCGCACAUGAAGGCCGGAUCUCGAAAUACGUGGAACAGAAUCUCCGAGGACGAUGAUACCUCCAGCAAGCACCAUAUCAUUCGAGAAACCGAAGUUAGGGUCGAGACCAGUAGUUUCGACCCCAGAGAAGAUCGGCAUGACCACUGGGAGACAGACGUGAAAGCCAUAGUCUGAUUAGCAUUCAUGACUUGUUAUAUGCUUACUGCUUUUAAUUACUUAUUCUAAAAGUUGCUAGAUUUACUGCCCGGUGCUAUAUAGAAACCGGCAUAUGAUAUUAGAAAAGGAGGCAUCUCUGGAUUUUCACAUGUAUUUAGAAUACACAGCAAACAUCUGCCGGUAAUUUCACAGGUUUACUAGUACUACUACCUAAUAUAAAAUGUCAC